AUGCCGCUCUUGAAGGACGCAAUGCCUCUCAUGAAGGAGCCCCAUCCCCCGCCUCAGGCUCCUCUUCCAUGGAUCCUCCCCAGCCUGUUUGCCGCCUUCAAUGUCGUGCUGCUGGUGGUUUUCAGUGGCCUCUUCUUCGCAUUCCCUUGCAGAUGGCUGGCCCAGAACGGGGAGUGGGCCUUUCCCCUCGUCACAGGCCUCCUCUGUGUCCUCACCAUCUUCAGUCUGGUUUCGCUCAAUUUCUCAGACCCCGGCAUCUUGCAUCAAGGCUCCAACGAACAGGGUCCCAUGAUGGUGCAGGUGGUGUGGGUGAACCACAGGGCCUUCCGCCUGCAGUGGUGCCAAAAGUGCUGCUUCCACCGCCCGCCCCGGACCUACCACUGUCCUUGGUGCAACAUCUGUGUAGAAGACUUUGACCACCACUGCAAAUGGGUCAAUAACUGCAUUGGUCACCGCAACUUCCGCUUCUUCAUGCUGCUGGUCCUGUCCUUAUUUCUCUACUCGGGUGCCAUGCUGGUGACCUGCCUGAUCUUCCUGGUGCGCACGACCCACCUGCCCUUCUCCAUGGACAAAGCCAUCGCCAUCUUGGUGGCUGUACCCGCCGUCGGCUUCCUGGUGCCGCUCUUCCUGCUGCUGCUGAUCCAGGCCAAGUCGGUGAGCGCGGCCGAGCGCUCCCACGAGGGCAAGUGCCGCUACCUGCAGGGAUACAACCCCUUUGACCACGGCUGUGCCAGCAACUGGUAUUUAACAAUUUGUGCACCGCUGGGACCCAAGUACAUGGCCAAAGCUGUCUGGCUACAGAGAAUGGUGGGGUCUGACUGGGCGCCCAUGCAGAACCUUCACUUCCCAAUGGCCUGUGCCUGCCCCCCAGCUCCAACCUCUGAGUCUCUACAAACCAGGGAAGGUUCCCCUAGGGAGUGGUGA